AUGGGUACUUCCAAUUCUCUUGCCCUUCCGACCGAAGCCAAAGCCAAAGCCGCUGCUACCUCCACAACAACAACUUCAGCUGCCUCGACCUGCACAGCCGGUGACACUUCCACAACUGAUGGCGUUCAGGCGAUUCUUGAUUCAACUGGCGCGAUAGACUGGCUUGAUAUCAUGUUCGACACGAUGCCGAAUGGCGAGAGUGACUGGGUGAAUGCUAUCUGGGAAGUUGUCUUCCGUGACGAGGGUACGUCCCCACUCACCGGUUGUGGUGAUAUUGGUGGCGACUGCGACCCAGACUCAAUGUGCUCUAAUUAUUCUUCUGUUAUGGCCUACUGGGUGUUUCGAUCAGUAGGUCUGCUGCACAGCAAGAUCAACGCCGUCCACGAGCAGUUACUCUGGGACGGCUGGUUGGACGGUCUGUCUAUUGAUCAAAUUGCCAAAGAUUUUUCAAGCGUGUCUCCAGAUCAAACAUGGGCGAAAUGGAUCGCGGCCGCUUUCAGCAUGGCCGGUGGUAUUGCAACUGGCAUUGACCUUAGCAAACCACUUCGAGGCAUGAUCGGGUUUGCUUCUGCCGGCCUUACUGACGUCUCUUUGACAAGCAGUGGCUCCGACAGUGUCGAUACCACCUCCGUAGAAAACACCCUCAAGAACAUCGUCGGAGCUGCAGGUAAUUACGUUGCUAGCAUUCUUCAGAAUGCUACUGGCAACGGCGAAUCGGACUCUCUCCCCAUCUACACCUACACGACCCUCGAGCAUGGCACAUCCCGGUUCUUCGCGGACAGCACCAUUCUUCUCGACGAGAACAAAGACAACUCCUCAUUCAUCUCUGCCUACAGUACUUUUGCUGAUAAUGUGGAAAAGAAACUCGUCGAUGUGGCCAUGAAGACGGCCUGGUAUGUUCUCGUGGGCGAAGAAGAUGUAGACGAAAGCGACUGUACCAUGACUGGAGCAUACUACCUCGAAGCCAAGAAUGGCGAAUACCGCUGCUUCUACAUGACUCGACCAAGCGACAGCCACGACUGUGGCGAUGAUGAUCCAUCCACUGUUUGUGUGCCCCCAUAUUCCAGGAUAUCAGCUGCUAAUACUCAAUAG